AUGGUCCGUGAGUUCUGUGGCACCUUGCCUCGGGCAAAAGAGUUCGGGUAUGGAAUCGGCAAAUCUCGUUGGGAAAGAGCGGGCGUGGUCGAAAAAGAGCCUCAGAGACAGCGCGGGCGGCCAAACAAAACAGAAAACAAGCAGCUCAUAGCCUUGGUUGACAAAGCUUUUGCAGAGACGUCCCAGCCAAGCAGCCGCUUGUCUUGGGACCCACGCGCGCAGGAAUGGAUGAUUGUGAAUACCUUGACGUCAGACAAGAAGGCUGUGUGGCAGAAUUGGGGCAGCCUUCAAGGAAACAUGAGUUUGUCGACCUUCUGGAGAAUUGCUAAGAAGCAUUUGCGCCACUACAAGGGAGCAGAAAGCAUCAACGACUAUUGCAUCUACUGCUAUGACUUGAAGACGAAAGUGCUGCCCCAGGUGAAGAAUCUCUUGGACACCGUGAGGAAAGAGCUUGAAGCCCUAAUGCCCGCUUAUUUCGCUCCAUGGGAUGGGUUUGAGGCGCAGGCACACCUUGCCGACAAGCCCGGCCUACACUUGCGGCUUCUCCGCCAUUACAUCGACCACCGCUCGGAGACACAGGCAUGUCGCGAACAUCGGGGAACUGAAUGGCCUUGUGGCUUGAGUCGCUUGCGAGCGAGGGGCAGUGGUUUCGCGCAAAGGUUGAGAGUCACCCUACAUGCAAAGGAGGUCGACAUAUGCGUGCAGCUGCAAGCCAUGAGCAAGCUUCUGGAUAGCUACCUAUUUCACAGAAGCGCAAAUGAGUUUCAGAAGCCGUUGCUUUUUCAGUUGCUUGCAGAGCCACCGGAAGGCGCUGUUGUCAUUUUGUCUGAUUUCAAGGAACUCGUCACCCUCCCCAUCCGCUCAACACAGACAGGAGAAGAAUUUUUCGCCAACGCGCGAAAGGAUAUUUCAGUUUUCGGGUCUAUUGUCAGUGAGCGAGCUGCAGAUGGCAAGGUUUUGUGGACAAGGGUGCUGAUCUUGUCAGACAUUCUGGAUCACACUUCAUGUCGUGCAUCCCAGUGCAUUGAGCAAGCUUUCCAGUCGCGCAGAGGCACUGCUCCAGUUGAAGUGGUUCACCUCCUUUCAGAUGCAGGCCCUCAUUUUCGGUCUUAUGAAGCUUUGCACCACUACUGCUGCAUUAUGCCUUUGAGACACAAGGCCCGGGUAUGCGUGCAUUAUGGAGUGGAGAAGCAUUUUAAGAGUGAAGCUGACCGUCUAUUUGCUUUGUUUGAAAGCUAUGUCAAAGAUGCAAGACGGCAAGGAAAGGAUUUGGUGGAAAUCACUGAUUUGUGCAAGUUCUUGCAGGAGAAGAACUUGGCACAGAGGCAAAAGGACCCCACUGCGCCCUUUUUGAUUGUCAUCAAUGAUGUUUUGUCAAAGAAGCAGCCAGUGGCAGAGAGGUUCCGUCUCACCGCAAAAGGCUUCCACAUCACCAGAACAUACUGUGUUUCCAGCGCGCCUGCGGUUCACAGGCACAGCAGACUGGGGGUGAAGAUUUUCAACCACAUCUUUUCGAACAUGGCAGCUGCAAACAACCUUUCAAGUGAGGCAGUUCUGCUUCCCAGCAAGGAUGCUUCACCUGAGUACAGGCGAGGCUUCUGGACAGAGGAAGGCCGACGAAGGUGGGAUCACGAGGUUCAGCCUUUGGGACGCACGGACGAAACAUCGCUGACCAGGCGGUAA